AUGCUAGAAUUGUAGCUGUGCUAGGGUCGACGGUCACUAUUUAUUAUCUUCUUUUGCUCCUCCGGAUUUCCAGUCGAAGUGCUACCACAGACUCUUCCAUGGCUGAAUCCCCUAACAGAACCCCGAGUCAAACUCGUUCCCCACCCCUGUCUGGCCCCGAUUCGUUGCAUCACUGGUGCUAUCACUGCGAUAAACGGGUCUCCAUUGAAACCCUAGCGGAUCUUCCUGACAUCAUCUGCCACGAGUGCAAAAACGGCUUCGUCGAAUCCAUCGCCGCCGACGCCGUUCAACGGGUACCGGCACCCGACCAGAUCGAUGACAGCAAUUUCAAUAAUCAGUUCUUCCAAGUCCUGCGCCUCAUCGCUCAGGCUGCGCAUGAUGACGACACACCUCCGCCGCCGCCGCCUCCUGAUCAAGCGGAUCCAUCGGAUGAUGAUUACCUCCGAAUCGAAAUCGGUGGAUGGGACAACGACGAUGACGGCGAGAAUGACCUGGAUCAAGACCUAGAGGAUGAGAAUCGAAACGAAUCUGAUCAAGACAACGAAGAUGACGACGAUGAGGAUCAGGAGGAGAGAGAAGAGGAGGAAGAAGAGGAUUAUCGCCGGAGGCAGCGUGAUGUGAUCCGCUUACGGCUUCGUGACCUAGUAGCUCGAGCUUCUAGCAGGCCCAAUCGAACUCUUGAUUGGGCGGAAAUUCUCAUUGGGAUGGAUGAUCAGUCAGUUGAAAUAGAUGGCUACUAUGGGAAUCCUGGAGAUUAUGUGGACGCUGCAGGAUAUGAGGCUUUGCUUCAGAACUUGGCUGAUAUUGAUAUUGGCGGAAGACAAGGGCCCCCGCCAGCUUCAAGAGCUGCAAUAGAGGCUUUACCUACUGUUGCCAUCAAAAGCGGUUUGCAGGAACUGGAAUGUUCUAUAUGUAAAGAUUCUGUAAACACAGGUGAAAUUGCAAAGGAAUUGCCAUGUGGGCAUAUAUAUCAUGGGGAUUGUAUAGUGCCAUGGUUGGGUUCAAGGAAUUCGUGCCCUGUUUGUAGGUUUGAGCUGCCCACAGAUGAUCCAGAGUAUGAAGAUUUAAGAAAGAAGAAAGCUUGCAACUCUUCAUCAAGCUCAUCUAUGGCUGCUGGAGGAAGCAGUGGUGGAUGUGAUUGAUGAAUUGUGGUAAAUCUACAUUCCCACCCAUUCAUACAAUCAUAUUAGAUGACCUGUUUUUCUUUGUGUAUGGAAUACUGGAUGGGGUGGUAUAACAUUUGAAUGUAAAUAAUUUCUCUCUUUCAAUAACAAAAAUGUCUGUGACUGCAAUUUAAACUAUGUUUGGUGUUUUGGUUGGUUUAUUUAUUGCAUUUUUCUUUCAGUUCAUGCAACAAGUGCAAACAUGUUCUGUAUGAAGGCAUUCAAUGUAAACAUUUAUCUUUGAACUCUUUUAUUGGGAGUCCUGUAUUUAUUUUCACUUAGAAAGUUAUGGAAUGCAAUUCUACUGUUGCAG